AUGGAUAUCAAGGACACUACCAAUAAACGCCAAUCCAUCAUUUGUAAUGCUUUAUAUGAUUAUGAAGGCGAAUCAGAAUAUGAAUUAAGCUUUAAAGCUGGUGAACGCGUUACAGUCAUCUCCAAGGAUAAUCAAAUCUUUGGCGAAGAUGAGUGGUGGAUUGCUCGUGUCAAUGAUAAUAUCGGUUUAGUACCGGCAAAUUAUGUCCAGCCUAAAACUGCUGAAGAAACUGAAGAGGAAACUUGGACCGGCCUAUCUUUUGGUGAUAACGUCCCUUAUGAAGUAAGCAUGAGACAACUGGAUAUUAAAGAAAUCAUCGGUCGGGGUGCAUUCGGUAAAGUCCAUCGUGCGAUGUGGAAAGGUCAAGAAGUGGCCGUCAAAGAACAAGAAUUAUAUCACAAAGAUGAAGCGGCUAUUAAAAAUUUCAAAAAUGAAGCCGAUUUAUUCUUUCUCCUAUCUCAUCCUGGACAUUUAAAUGUAGUUACCUUGAAAGGGAUAUGUGUCCAACCGCCACGAUUUUGCUUAAUCAUGGAAUAUUGCCGAGGUGGUGAAUUAUCAAGAACAUUAGCGAAAUAUUUAGUUCCACUGGGUGUUCUUUUCGAUUGGGCGAUACAAAUUGCCGAUGGCAUGAACUAUUUACACCAUCAAGGACCUAUCUCUUUAGUUCAUCGUGAUCUUAAAUCCAAUAACAUAUUACUGGAUAAUUGCUACAAUGAAGAGAAUUAUACAGAUAUCACCUUAAAGAUUACCGAUUUUGGUAUGGCACGGGAAUUACAGCAGCGCUCAACUCGGAUGACCAGCGCUGGUGGGACUUAUGCAUGGAUGGCUCCUGAAGUCAUCACUACACAGCGCUAUUCUAAAGCCAGCGAUAUUUGGAGCUUCGGCGUUGUGAUGUGGGAAUUAUUAACUGGCGAAAUCCCUUACAAGGGAUUAGAAGGUGCUGCUAUUGCCUAUCGUGUAGGGACUAACAAGAUGGGUUUACAUAUACCGGAUGAAUGUCCUGAACCGUUCUCUCAAUUAAUGAGAGAUUGUUGGAGUUGGGAUCCACAUCAACGACCUGCAUUUCCUGAUAUACUGAAAAGAUUAAAGAAUAUGUCUGAAAUGCCUCUAAGUGAACACUUUCAAGAAUCUUUCCAUAUGCUUCAAGCUGACUGGAAGAAAGAAAUCGAGGAAAAAAUGGAAGAGAUUAAAGCUAUUGAAAAGGCUUUACAAACUAGGGAAGAAGAAUUACAACGUGUUCAAUUAGAACAAAAACAUCAGGCAAUGGAACUUCAAAAACGUGAAGAAGAACUAGCACAAAGAGAGAAUGAUUUAGCUGUGAGAGAACUUGGUGUUAUUUUACAGGUAAGAUAA